UUAAAUGGAAUAAAUUAUGGAUUUUAAUAAGUUCGAUCUUUAAGAACAACCAACUGAAAAUGUUUCGUAGUCGCAGCUGGUUUGGAGGUGGACUUUGGAAGCCAAAAAAUCCCCAUUCUUUGGAACAUCUUAAAUAUCUGUACAAUGUUUUGUCAAAAAAUCAAACAGUUUCAGAGAAUAACAGAGGUUUAUUGGUUGAAACUUUAAGAUCUAUUGCAGAAAUAUUAAUUUGGGGUGACCAAAAUGACAGCAGUGUUUUUGACUUUUUUCUUGAGAAAAAUAUGUUAUCCUUUUUUUUAAGAAUAAUGAAACAAAAAUGUGGAAGUUAUGUAUGUGUUCAAUUACUUCAAACGCUUAAUAUCUUAUUUGAAAAUAUUCGUAAUGAAACCUCAUUAUACUAUCUAUUAAGUAAUAAUCAUGUGAAUAGUAUAAUAGUGCACAAAUUUGAUUUUAGUGAUGAAGAAGUCAUGGCUUACUAUAUAAGUUUUUUAAAAACAUUAAGUUUGAAGCUGAAUGCUCAUACAAUUCAUUUUUUCUAUAAUGAGGUAAACGAGCAUACAAAUGAUUUCCCUCUCUACACUGAGGCAAUUAAAUUUUUUAAUCAUUCUGAGGGCAUGGUUCGUAUUGCUGUAAGAACACUAACAUUAAAUGUUUAUCGUGUAGAAGAUGCAUCUAUGCUCACAUUUAUUCGAGACAGAACUGCUGCUCCAUAUUUCAGUAAUCUAGUUUGGUUUAUUGGAAAUCAUAUUAUUGAACUAGAUAUAUGUGUUAGAAAUGAUGCAGAUCAUCAAAGUCAAAAUAGAUUAUCAGACUUGGUAGCAGAACAUUUGGAUCAUUUACAUUAUUUAAAUGAUAUUCUUUGCCUGAAUAUAGAAGAUUUAAAUAAAGUUUUAUCAGAACAUUUAUUGCACAAACUUUUAGUUCCUUUAUAUGUGUAUUCAUUGACAAGAAGAAAAGAUUUAUUGUGCCAGAAUCAAGAAGAACGCAAAUAUGUUAGCACAGUAGUAGCUCUUUUCCUACUAUCUCAAGUAUUUUUAAUUGUUCCUCAUGGUCCAUUAGUCAGAACUCUCGCAGCAGUGAUUCUAAAAUCAAAUAUAGACAUUAUUAAAAAUGGUGCUAGUCAAGUUUUAAAACAAUAUGAAGAUAUAAUUUCAAAUACAACCGUUGCUUUUUCACCACCUAAAGAAAGCUUAGAUAAGUCACUAGAAAAUUUAAAUGAAUCAUCAAAAUUAGAAAAUGUUGCAGAGAAAACUGUAGAUAAAGACAAAAAAAAUUGGUAUAGUAUGGAAAAAGAUAAAUCAAUUAAAUCAAGUACAUAUAUAACUGAAUCUAAUUCUGUAAAAACUGAAUUUGACAAAGUUGAUGUUGCAAAUGAAACAAUAGAAGAAAUUAAAUAUUUAAGUGUGACUGAUGAAGAAAAAGAACAGAGAUUAGCUCUUGAAAAUCCUCUAACUUCAGAAGCAACAGGAAAUACAAUAGAACAAGAUUCUUUAUCAAACAAACCUUUUCUUGAAACUAUUUUAAAUUCAUUGUAUUGCACAGAAAAUGAUUAUGCUGCUCUAUUUGCUUUAUGUCUUUUAUAUGCUCUAGCCAAUAAUCAGGGUAUCGAUCCAGAAACUAUGGAUCUAGUUUUAGCUCCUUUAAAAGUUUCUAUAAAAAAUCUUUACAACGAAACUUUGAUCAACCGAAUCAUCCAUAUUAUAACAUUGAGUUGUCAAAUUAAUGCAAAAGUACGACUUGUCACAUUGGAAUUAGCAACAAAAUUACUAAUACAAUUAGUGAUUUCCGAAAAUGAAGUGUUGUUACAAGAUUACCAUUUAGCAGCAGUAGAAGCAGCAAAGGAACAGAGUACUACACUUCUUCGAAAUUUUUAUAAGGGUGAAGAUAUUUUUUUGGAUAUGUUUGAAGAUGAAUAUAGUGAAAUACAAAAGAAGCCAUUAAAAGUAGAAUGGCUUAUGAUGGAUAGCAAUAUUUUACUGCCUCCUACUGGAACACCAAUGACAGGCAUUGAAUUCAGUAAAAGGCUUCCUUGUGGAGAAGUUGAAAGAGCUCGCCGGGCUAUUAGAGUAUUCUUUUUUAUACGAGAGCUAUCUCUAACAUUGAAUAACGAAAUCGAAACUCAGUUACCUUUAACAAAUCCCAGUAGUUGUGUUCAAGUUAAUAAUGUUCUUGAUUUAAAUAAUAGUGACCUUAUUGCAUGUAGAGUUGUAUGGAAAGAUGGGCAAAAAAUAAAAAGGUUUUUAGUUAUUGACUGUAUACAAUUAAUUCUCGUCGAACCGGAUACACGAAAACUUGGCUGGGGAGUAGCGAAAUUUGUUGGUUUUCUGCAAGACAUCGAAGUUGCCGGUGAUAAAGAUGAUUCUCGGUGUCUACAUUUAACUAUUCAUAAACCAUUGAGCUGUAGCACAAGUAAUAGAAUACCUUUACUUUCUGCAAAAUUUAUAUUUGAAGAUCAUAUUCGUUGUAUGGCAGCAAAACAAAGAUUAACAAAAGGAAGAAUAAAAGCAAGACAAAAAAAGAUGAAUCAAAUAGCUAGAUUGCUUGAUAUUCCGACAGCUACUCCUCACUGCUCAACACCUCCAAAUUAUGCUUUAAUGGGAUUCCGUAAUGACCGUAUGGUCGGUCGAGGUCAAAGACCGAAAGAUCAGCAGCGGAUGUUCACUGUGAAUAAGGUACCGGGCUUCGCUGCCCAGAUGCGCCGUGAUAGCCUUAUCAAAUCGGGCACUAAGCGCCUAGAAGGUAGCCCGAGCGUUAAAUGCCAAGAGGCUAGCAUUAGGAUACGCGACAGCUCGCCAAAGAUGCCACGACCGAGAAGCGAGGAGAUACCCCUUGAGGACAUGCGAUUGCGCAAAAGCUCUUUAACCACGACGCCCGUAUGCGUGGCUGAACACGUAGAGGUUGGUACCCUGGCAGCUUCGUCGCCCGAGGAGCCCGAGAUCCUAAUAAGAAAAUACUCCGAGGAGACAUCCUUCACCGAGAGACAGAACAACGAGACUCGAGUGUCACGUCGAAAGGGCAAGGUGGAAACUGUAUAAUUAACGUAAAUCUGUAUUAUAAUCAUGGUCAAAGCAUACGCUGUGGCUCUAUUAAUGAAACGUCUGGCUACCAAAUGCGUUGAACGCUUUUUUAUACGUCCCCACUGAGCUUGAAUACAUAAAAUUACAGAAUGAAUAUUAAAAAUGCAAAUAAAAUGUAUUGUAUUAGCAAGAUUAUGGUCAUAUCUGGAAAAAUAUGCGUUUGCAUAUUUUAUUUGCUUCUAUUAU